AUGGUGCCAAGUGUCAAAGCCCAGGUGACCACAGACUGCAGUGUUCUGAAAGAGAAAUAUGACUCCUUUUCCAUCAAGGAGUAUUUGAUUAAAGAAGAAAAUUUAAGUAGAGGAGCCAUCAACAUGAUCGAUGACUUGCUGAAUGAAGAUAGUGAAUUCCAGAUGUCAUUUCUUCACUCUUUCAUGGACCAUGUUACAUUCUCUGAGAAGGGUUAUGAUGAGAUCACUGGGGGAUUUGAUCAGCUUCCUGAUACUUUCUACCAGUAUAUUCACAGGGGCGUUCUAUUUCGCUCCAUUGUAGUGAAGAUACUAAACGAGGAUGACCAAGUGAGAGUGUUUUACCAGGGGCCAGAUGCAUUGGUUCCCUUGGCUGUGACGUCCGACUACGUUUUUGUCACGGCCACAGCAAAAGCCAUACGGCUUAUUAAAUUUUCACCACCUCUUUCGACUAACAAGGCCCAUGCCCUGCGCUCCAUUCACUACUCAGAAGCCAAUAAGAUUGUUUUGGUCUGUAUUGAAAGGUUUUGGGAGAAGGAGGGAAUACAAGGUGGGAGGUCAAUCACUGAUUGCCCAUCCAGAUUCAUUUAUUACAGCCACAAUUUCUCCAGUGGGGUGGGGGUGAUACUGGCUUCAUACACCUGGGGCAAUGAUGCUGAAUUCUUCAUUCCCCUCAGUGAUGAAAAGUGUGUUGAUGUGGUGCUGGGGGACCUGGAAGAAAUCCACCAGGUGCCCAAGAAUUAUAUCCAGAGUGUCUGCAAUAAGCAUGUGAUCAAGAAAUGGAGCCUGGACAGAUAUUCCAUGGGAUCCUAUGUUUCAUUCACCCCGUACCAGUUUGUCGACUACUCCAAAGCUUUGUUUCAGAAUGAAGGGAGGAUCCGUUUUACAGGAGAACUCACAGCCCAGCCUCAUGCCUGGAUUGAAACCGCUGUGAAAUCUGCUGUGAGAGCGGCAAGAAACAUCCAUGGCAUUAUUAAUGCAUCAUCCAGGCAGCAGCAGCAAGAGCUGAAGAAAAAUAAAAUGUAA